CAAAACUUAGUUUUCGAAAUCCCCGCGCGUCGUAUGCCGCGGAAACUCGUCGACGACGACGUCGUCAUGCACCAAACAGCGGGGUUCACAGUGGGCGCUGCACAUCGUCCUAGUUCGCAACUUGCCCGCAGGAUUGAGCACGUGAACAAGCAGCAUCGUAUUACAACGCAAAUCGACCGACGGACACGAAAUCACCGCGCAGAUGUGAGCGGUCGGCGGCUCUCGGACGAGGAGAAGGCAGUCGCAGCCCACCACGCGUUUACGCUAGAGCUUAUGGACGGCAUUCGAAUGCCGCGCGUCGUUGUUCAGCAAAAGCAAACGACCGGCCAAGCCCUGGACUCCAUUCGAGGCGGCGGCGCUCAAGACGAGAGAGUCCAGGUGGUCGAAGACCCCAUGGUGGCAGUGGACGCCCGAUUGAUGUCUCUCACGUGUACUGCCACACCGGUCGAUGACAGUGGGUGGUGGUGGCAGUCUUGGUUUCAUACCCCGACGGAGGUCCGAAUCUCCUUCAGCGACAUGACGGCCGUCGAGGCAAGCGCGGAAUGCCCGUAUGCACAAACCACUUCCCCUAUCAAGGGAUCGCCAGGGGAGCCCGAAAGCACGUCAGUACACGUCGUGAGGAUGGACGCACCCAAUCAGCAAAUGUGGAUCCAAUGCAACAACGCGGAAGAGCAGGUGCAAGCAUUGACUAGCUUUGAGCUCUUACUCAAGUCGGCAAAGCGACGAUCUUCGGACCACACGACGCAGGAAUGACCUGGGCGCAAGGCCGAUGUAGCUUUAGGUUGAAGAUGUAUGUCGCAUGGUCAUCGAGUGGAUCCUAACGCUGUGCACAUCUCGCCCGCCAAGCGCGCACAUGAAGGCCCGGACGCGAUGCGCCCAUCGACUGCCGACUUGGCUGUGUAAUUCCAUUAAGAUAUCUCCGUCAGUCAGUCACGCAAA